UUAACUAUAAUAACUCUGGCGUUUUUUCCCCACAGGUUUGUCAAAACAGAUGCUUACGUUCGCGCUAUGACCGAGAAACGAGUGGUGAUUACUGAGUUUGGAACCUGUGCUUAUCCAGAUCCCUGCAAGAACAUCUUCUCCAGGUUCUUCACAUAUUUCAAAGGCGUUGAGGUGACGGAUAACUGCCUGGUGAACGUUUACCCCAUCGGAGAGGAUUUUUAUGCUGUCACUGAGACUAAUUACAUCACCAAAGUCAAUGUGGAAACCUUGGAAACCUUGAAAAAGGUUGACAUGUGUGACUAUGUGAACAUAAAUGGAGUAACGGCUCAUCCGCACAUCGAGAAAGACGGCACGGUCUACAACAUCGGAAACUGCAUGGGGAAGGGAGCCUCUUCAGUUCUGGAGGAGCAGGGCAAGAAUCUGGUCUGUCUGCCGUACACCACAGCCACAGCCACAAUGCGGGCUGAUGGGACCAUUUGGCUCGAGCCUGAGGUGCUUUUCUCCGGUCCACGACAAGCAUUCGAGUUUCCUCAGAUCAACUACAGAAUGAACAACGGAAAGAAUUACACGUACGCCUAUGCGCUGGGCCUCAACCACUUUAUCCCUGACAGGGUAUGAAUAAUCACGUCAUCUGGUCAGGAUUUU